AUGCAAGGGUUUUAUAAUUAGGUUAAGUCUUUGAUGUAAUAAAAUCAUGAGGAACCUAAUUACGAUGACAAUUACAAGUGUUUUUGUGGUUAGUAGAUUAGAUGUGAUCCUUUUGAUGAUUUAUACAAUCACAUUUCUCAUUGCAAAAAGUUUCUUAGUGAAUCAUUGUUUUAUAAAGAAUUUGAAAAGCUUCGUUUGAAUAUUUUUAAAUUACCCUAACUUUAUACUUUAAAAGCUGAAUUUCUAUUUAUCAUUAAUCAAAUAGAUGACAUUAUUAAUAAAAGUAAUAAAUGUAAACAACUAUAAUUUUAGAAGAAAAUAGUUAAUUAAAUUCACCAAAAACUUCGAAUAGAUAAUUAAAAUAGUCAAUUCCAUAGUAAUCUAGUUAAUUCCAAAAAUAAGUAAAUUUAUUUAAUUGAAAUUUGAGUCGUUUAAUAACAUUCAUUAAAAGUUUUUUCCAAUUAACAGUCGUGAAUAGGCAAUAAGAUAGAAAUGUUCUGUAUGUGGAAAAAUAGAUAAUAAUGAAGAUGAAAUGGAAAUCAUUUAUAAUUUUUAAAUUUGUCAGCAUGCUCAUUGUUUAGGUUGCAUAAGGAAAUUAAUAAAUCAAUAAUAUAUAUAAAAAUCUGGUUGUGUUUAGUGUUCGUAUUGCUUAAAGUAAUUAAGUUAAUAGGAAAUUGAAAAAUAUAUUGGUACAGAGAGAUUAUAGUAUUUGUAAAAAAAAAUAAAAACAGGGGAAUCACCUGCUUAAUAAAAAUAAUAGUGUUCAUUUUGUUAUAGAUAUUUGAAUAAUAAAGAUGUUAAACCUGGAUAAAGAGCAAUAUGCAAUUAAUAGGAAUGUUAAGCAAAAAAUGCUUAAGCUUGUUAAAAAAUAGUAAGUUGCAAACAUUUUUGUAAUGGAUAUAAAGAUGAAAAAAAUUGUUUAGGUUGUCUUGGAUGCACAAAUUAAAAAUUAUCUGAAUAGUAUUGCACAAUUUGUUUUACAGAAUCUUUAUAUGAAGGUCCAUGUAUUUAAGCAGUUUGUGGACAUGUAAUUAUAAAUAAUUAUAAAUAAGAUAUUUCAUUAUUAUUGUUUAAAUAAGAAAUUAGAAAAGAAAUGGACUACUAUGUAUAUAUCUUUUGGAUUUUGUUGUUGUUCAAUAUGUAAAAGAUGGAUGGUAUUAUUAAAUAUAUAUAUAUAUAUAGGAAUUUCCAAAAGAUUCAAUUUCCCAAAGAAAACUUAAUGAAUAUGAAGAAUUACAAUAAUUAGUUCGUAAAUAGGCUUCUUUAAGAAUGGGUAAGAUGGGAGAUAGUCAAAUUUUAAAAGUUGAAGAUGCUUUAGAAAUUUUUGCAUUUUAUUAAUGUGAUAAAUGCAAAAAACCAUAUUUUGGAGGAAAGAAAGAUUGUUAAUUAGAAUUAGAGGCUGAAUAAAAUAGACAGAACUAAUCUGAUUUAAUUUGCCCUUCAUGCUGUGGUUAAUAGAUUAAUGGAUGUAAAACUCAUGGAACUGAAUUCUUAGAAUAUAAAUGUAGGUAUUGUUGUAAUAUAGCAACUUACUUUUGUUGGUAUUAUUGAUAAAUAAAAUAAAUUAUUAGGGGAACUACACAUUUUUGUUAAUCUUGUCAUACAAAGUAAUCUGUAGGGAAAUAUCUAACAUAAUUAAAGAAAGAGGAAUUGCCACAAUGUUUAGGAAAAGGAAAAUGUAUAAUUGGAGGAAAUCAUGCACCAAACGGAUAAGAACAAUGUUUGGGAUGUGGUACUUUAUAAAUAUUAAUAAUUAUUUUAGGACUUUGUAAUAAUUGAU